GAAUGUUGUGGGCAACCUGGGACAUUCUUUCUUCAGUCAAAGUUUCCUCGGCAGUAAAGAACAUGGUGGAUUCUUAUAUGUGAUAUCUACCUACCAGUCACUGCAAGACCUAGUACUUCCAACCCCACCUUAUUUGUUUGGGAUUCUCAUUCAAAAAUGGGAAACUCCUUGGGCUAAAGUGUUUCCCAUUCGACUAAUGUUAAGACUUGGAGCUGAGUAUCGACUUUAUCCCUGCCCACUCUUCAGUGUCAGAUUUCGGAAGCCAUUAUUUGGAGAAACGGGGCAUACCAUCAUGAAUCUUCUUGCAGACUUCAGAAAUUACCAGUAUACUUUGCCAGUAGUUCAAGGUUUAGUAGUUGAUAUGGAAGUUCGGAAAACAAGUAUCAAAAUCCCCAGCAAUAGAUACAAUGAGAUGAUGAAAGCCAUGAACAAGUCCAAUGAGCAUGUCCUAGCAGGUGGUGCCUGCUUCAAUGAAAAGGCAGACUCUCACCUUGUAUGUGUACAGAAUGAUGAUGGAAACUAUCAGACCCAGGCAAUCAGUAUUCACAAUCAGCCCAGGAGAGUGACUGGUGCCAGUUUCUUUGUGUUCAGUGGUGCUCUGAAAUCAUCUUCAGGAUACCUUGCCAAGUCCAGUAUUGUGGAAGAUGGCGUUAUGGUCCAGAUCACUGCAGAGAACAUGGAUUCCUUGAGGCAGGCGCUUCGAGAAAUGAAGGACUUCACCAUCACCUGUGGGAAGGCAGAUACAGAGGAUCCCCAGGAGCAUAUCCACAUUCAGUGGGUGGAUGACGACAAGAAUGUUAACAAGGGGUAAAUGCAUCCAACUUCCUCCCUGUGGCACUUAGUUAGGAGAUAGGCUCUGGGCUUUGUCUACUGUCCAGACUGGUAGCCUACCUAAGAAAAAGUAAUGUUUAACAGAAUUUUACAUAUCUGAUUUCUUUGCUUAAUUUCUAAAGCAGCUUCUGUAUAUAUUUUUAAGGGAAGGUUGAUGAAACAAAAGUAUUUCUAAAGUUACUGAGAUAAUAGAAAUACCUAAGCCUUUUAUGAUUUACAAAUAUUUUACUAAUGCUGUUUAAUUUGAUAUAGUAGUUGUUAUUAUUCCCAUUUUACAGAUGGGUAAACAUGUACCAAAAGGCUAAAGACUUGUCAGGCCCACAAAACUAGUAUAUAAAACCAUGUCCCUUGGCUUCAAAUUCUAUACUCUUUCCUAGCGU